AUGGUGGCAUGGGUGGCCGUUGGAAAUCUGAAGUGGCAGCCCUAUGCCUGUGGAUCUCCACAAAUACUGCCAUAUCAGAUUUUUAACAGCCAUUAUGGAUUGAAGCCUCGUGGAAGGUUACUUUGGGUCAUUGAUAUAAGUUUGGAGAAUGAACGGAGAGAGCAACCACUGCACAUUCACGGUGACCGGGCGCAGCUGGUCUUCUCGCAUGGAGGACCGGUUUCAGCGAAGCCGGCUCUUUUGACGCUCUCGGCCGGCACCAAGUCUUGCCACAUCUUCAGAGCACCCAAGAGCCAGGAGGAGAGCAACCCCAACGCUUACAAGCCCCGGAUUGUGUCCAUUGGUCCGUACCACCACGGGAAAAAGCGGUUGGAGUUGAUCGAGCAGCACAAACCUCGAGCGUUCUCCAAACUGCUCGAUCGGACCGCCGUGGGUCCCAUUGAUUACUUUAAUGCUAUCGCCUCGUGGGAGACCCACAUACGGGAUAGCUACUCUGAGGCCCUCCAUUGGAAAACCUCGGAUUUGAUCGAGAUGAUGAUUCUCGAUGCUUGUUUCAUGAUCGAGUUAUUCCGCGCCCACACCUGUGAGAAUCCAGAGGAUGCCGACGACCCCGUGUUCUUCACGCCAUGGAUUUUAUCAUCCCUCAUGAUUGACCUCCUCCUGAUUGAAAACCAGAUCCCGUUCUUCGUUCUUCGAAAGAUCUAUGCAUUAUCCAAGUCUUCUUCUGAUGCCGACCGCUCCCUCAAUGAGAUCGCCUUACGGUUCUUCAACCGAGCGCUCCAAUGGAUAGAUGAACAUCUCCAGAAGCACUACAGAGUCUCCAAGAUCACGCACUUGCUCGACUUGUUCCGACUGUGCUUGGUCGGCCAUUUGAACAUCGAAAGUCCCCCACCGGUUGAUAAAGAGUUGUUGCAACUGAUGCCUUCCACGAAUCAUAUGCUUCUCGCGGGGAUAAAGUUUGAAUCAAGGAAGAGCAAGAACCUAAUAGAUGUCGUGUUUGAUGAUGGAGUACUCCGGAUCCCUCCUUUUACUAUCGACCUUUUCACCAGUUCCUUCUUCCUCAGCUGUUUGGCUUAUGAGCAGUGCUGCCAUUGCUGCUCCAAGCACAUCAGUAGUUACGUGGUCUUCAUGAGAUGUAUCAUGGGCACUGCAGCGGAUGCAGUGUUCUCGUCUCUGUUGCGAUAA